UGUUAUCCUUCAAAAGUUGAAAAGUGUGUUAUGCUGGGACUUAAAAAAAUGGAGCACGAGUUAAUUGAAACUAAAAGGCUUUUGUGCCGUUUUGUGUCAGAAACGGGAGAGGUGGCUGGCGAUAUGAUGGACUUACCUGUAAAUUGCAGCUUACCAGAACUCACCCUGAUUUGUAAAGCAAUUUUAAAACAAGAGGAACCUGCCUCGUAUCUAUUUUUCGUAAACGAUAAAGAAAUCAAACACGACCUCCAAAGUUCCUUGGAUAGUUUAAAUUUAAAUACUGAGGGCGUAAUUGAUAUAAUUUACCAGCAACAAGCAGUGUUUAAAGUACGUCCAGUCACAAGAUGCACAAGUUCUAUGCCUGGACAUGCCGAAGCUGUAAUCUCGGUAAGUUUUAGUCCUGACGGUAAACAUUUAGCUAGCGGAUCUGGAGAUACGACAGUCAGAUUUUGGGAUGUCAAUACGCAAACACCUACUUAUACUUGUAAAGGACAUAAUAACUGGGUCUUGUGUAUUUCUUGGUCUCCCGACAGUAGCAAGUUGGCCUCAGCCUGUAAGGAUGGUAAAAUAAUAAUUUGGGAUCCUGUUACGGGUAAACAGAUGGGAAAAACUAUGGUUGGGCAUAAACAAUGGGUAACAAGUUUGAGUUGGGAACCUUAUCAUAAAAACCCGGAUUGCAGGUUUCUAGCAAGUUCCUCGAAAGAUGGAGACGUUAGAAUAUGGGAUACUGUGCUUUGUAAUACUAUUCUAACGAUUUCGGGCCAUUUGAAGAGUGUGACAGUCGUAAAGUGGGGCGGUACUGGGCUCAUUUACACGGCUUCGCAAGAUAGAACUGUGAAAGUUUGGCGGGCGAAGGACGGUAUAUUAUGUAGAACUUUAUCGGGGCAUGCGCAUUGGGUCAAUACUUUAGCACUGAGUACAGACUAUAUUUUAAGAAUCGGUGCUUUUGACCCUGUAAAAGAUUCGAACAAAGACACGUCGUGCAUAGAUAAGAAAAAAUCUCAAGAGUUUGCCUUGUCUCGGUUCUAUAAAGUUACCGAACCCUUUGGCGAGAGGUUAGUUUCAGGCUCUGACGAUUUUACUUUGUUUCUAUGGGACCCGGAAAAGGAUAAGAAACCCUUAGCAAGACUGACUGGCCAUCAGCAACUAGUGAAUGACGUAAAAUUUUCUCCGGACGGUCGCGUGAUAGCGUCCGCUUCUUUCGACAAGUCUAUCAGACUGUGGGAUUCAAAAACUGGCAAGUUUAUUUGUACGCUACGAGGACAUGUGCAACCCGUCUAUAUGGUGGCGUUUUCUGCCGAUUCCAGGCUUAUGGUUAGCGGUAGUGCCGAUUCUACUCUGAAAUUAUGGAGCUUGAAAACGAAUAGCUUGGAAAUCGAUUUGCCUGGACACGCGGACGAGGUUUAUGCAGUCGAUUGGUCCACGGAUGGCUUGAGGGUCGCUUCGGGAGGAAAAGAUAAAGUUCUAAGACUUUGGCAGAACUAAUUUGUUACGAAAUACAUUUUUAAAUUAUG